UCCCCACAGGGUCCCUGAUAACCUGGUCCCAUGGGUGGGCCUGUCCUGGGGCAUUGGUGGCAUUCUGGGGGCAUGUCUCUUGCUGUGCCAUCUCUGCCUCCCCCUGGUAAGAGCUCUGUCUUCCUCUUCCUACAGGAAAAGAAAUCAAACAAUGAGAGACAAAGCCAAAAGGCAGCUAGAGAUGAAUCCAAGGAUCUGGCCGGCUGCCUGCAACAUUCAUUGCAGCAUAUAGCAGAGUUAGAGCGGGCUCUCUCUGCUGUCACCGCCACACAGGAGAAGAAGGAGAUCAGUGUUUGCACAUUGGAGAAGGAGAAGAAGCAUGAUACACGUUGGGUAGAGAAGCUGGAGAGGAGCUUGUCCAAACUCAAAAACCAGAGGGAAUCCAGAGGCCCUUAUUGCCUGCUUCCUUUCUCCGCUGAACCCCUGCCUCUGGAGCCUCCAGCAGUGCCCUCUGAGGUGGAGCUGCAGCAUCUGAGGAAGGAGGUUGAGAGAAUGGCAGGAGAACUCCAAGCCCAGGUGGACGACAAUCAACGGAUGAGUGUCCUGAUCUGGGGGCAAAAGGAGAGGCUUCAGGAGCAGGAGGAGAGGUUUCGGGAGCAGGAGGAGAGGCUUCGGGAGCAGGAGGAGAGGCUUCAGGAGCAGGAGGAGAGGCUUCGGGAGCAGGAGGAGAGGCUUUGGGAGCAGGACGAGAGAAUUCAGCAGCUGGCCGAGCCACAGAGCGGCUUUGAAGAGCUGGAGCUUCUGGAAGCUGCUAGCCAGCAGAAGCAACCCCUACAGGCUCAGUUGAGCCUCACAACUCUCCCUGGGGAAGGUACGGGAACCUGCUCAGAGGAAGAGGAGAGAGCCCCAGGAGGAAGGGGGCACUGUUAUCAGCACAGGAUUAAGGAGUUGGAAGAGACCUUUAGAACAGCUGGUCAUUAUGCUGACCAGGAGAUGGAGGAGGACAUCUGGACAGUGAGGAGGAGGAGGCACCUCAGCCCAUGCCGACCGUCCCGGAGGACCUGGAGAGCUGGGAGGCCAUGCUGAGCCUGACUCCCCCUGCACCCAUUUUGCCACCUUCCUGUGUGGUCCCUCCAAGACCCCUUUAUGCUCUUGGUUUCCCUGCCUUCUGAUUUCUCUGGACCCUCACCCCAUCUGGGAGCCAGUGGUCAGACACCAUUUCACCUGUGACCAACAGCUGCACUUUCUGAGGCCCCAAGGGAAGGGGCUGCACUCCACCUCUCUGCCCCAUUUGUUCUGUGUAUGCCCCCACAAGAAUGCUCACGUCUUGUCUUCUGGUGGCAUUUUACAACUCCACUGAAGUCAGUGCCCAGGAGGAGCAGGCAUGGUUACAAGAGCAGGUGAAAGAGCACAGAGUGUGCUGCCAGCGCCUGGCUCACCCGGUGGCCUCUGCCCAGCAGGAGCCAGAAGCAGUGAUCCCAGCCCCAGUGACUGGGGCCGAGUCUGUGAGUGAGGAGACCCACCAGGUCCUGCAGGAAGUCAUGGAGAAGCUGGAGGAAAGUUCAUCACCUUAUAACGGAGCCAGGAGGUAGUGCCAAAGAUGCGGCACCAGGAGGAGGACAUCAUCAGGCUGGCCCAGGACAAGGAGG